AUGGACACGAAAGGUGCGAAUGGAGUCAUUGAGUGGGCAGCUACUGUUGGAAAUGCUGAGUUCUGUCUACUGGAGCAGAUCCUCCCAGAUGGGCCCGAUCAUCCUUUUGCUCACACAAUGCUUGGGCACUUCAACAAGAUGAACGCUCCACUCAAGUCGGUCCAUCGCUAUCCUACUGUGGCCAGCCAGGAGAAGCGAUUCCAGUCUCUUGGCUGGCCAUCAGCUGAGAGUUGGACACUUUGGGAGGCUUGGUCUGACGAUUUGUUUAUGACUGCCGCAGAAAGACGAGCACUCGAUUUGGUUGAGUCUUUUGACGAGUUGGAGGAGUUUGCUCUCUUCGCCAGCCAUUACUUCGUCAUCCUUGCUACAAAUCCGAAGUCUGAAGUCCAGGGCCACGUGUCCAAGGUCCAUGGAGAAGCCGACAUUCCGUCUUUCCAAUGCCCGAUGACUUUGAGCGCCUACGAGUCUGCUCAUGGUCACCGCCGGCUCGGCGGCGCAAUGCUCGUCGGAGAGCCCAACAGCGGUGGAUUCAUAUCUCACAACUUCGGACAGGGGCCCGUUGGAAGAAUGAAUUCCGAGGACCUGUACAAAAUAUCUAGCCAGCCAGUGGCUUCUAUCCCAUCCGUCAAGGUGCCAUCUGCAAGAGUAUGCCAUAGCCUUACGGACUUGGGCAGUGCUGGUGUUCUUCUCGCGGGUGGUCGCACGGCCCCCUCAACGGCGUUCGGAGACUGCUGGCUUUUCAAAAGGCAUCUUUCUGCCUGGGAACGAACAAAGGAUCUCCCCGUUCCCCUUUUCAGGCAUUCUGUGACUCGACUGGGUUCUUCGACUCUUGCCCUCCUCGCUGGCGGUAGGAAGAACCAUUUUGAAACGUCAGCCGAGUACUUUCUGUUUGACCCUGCAGAGGGUUGGCAAAAGUGCCACGUAAAAUUUGCGCCACCUGCACUGUACAGUGCUACGUUUAUCUGCGUAGGCGAAGUGGGAUCUCGAGCUUUCACUGGUUUCUUAUCCGGGGGCAGCCUUGAGGAUAGCGUUAUCAACCAGGAACUUUAUACUUGGAAACUGAACACGGCUGAACCCGAGCCUGUACUGUCGUUCCAGCAACGGACUACCCAAGGCGGAGGACUGCCCGGCGGUCUUGCCAGGCUCGGCUCUUUCGCUAUUCAGUCGCUUGGGUACACAAUAUUGCUUGGCGGAGUGAUUGAGGGUGUUCAGCUUCCAUCGCUAUACGACAUCAUCGUUCUCGAAACAACGGAAAUGGACGUCAGUGUGGUGGCCAGGCUUGAUGGCACAGGCAGCUCCGGCGUGAUACGCCCCUUUCUGAUGGGUUCCUCCGUCGUGCACUAUGGGGAUGCGAAUUUCGCAAUCGUAGGAGGUGGCGCAACAUGCUACGCCAUGGGAACAUUCUGGACUCCUGGAAGCUACAGCUUCCGCUUCGAUCCGGGUCUUUUACCCCAGCAUAGCACAGGGCAAACAACAUCACGACCCGAGCCGAUCCAAUACAAGGAGACGAUUGAGUUCUCGGAGAGCGAGAAGAGGCCCGUCGAAUAG